AUGGUCACCCGGCCAACGUGCUUAGUUAAACUAAAUCAUGUCGCCGCUAAUACCGCAUUGUUGUUCCUGGCAUUUGUGAAUAUAAAAGCCAUUACAGGCUCGGAUCUAUACCAAGUGAGCUCGGAGGAGCUAAAACAUUUUAAACAAUGCGUACGGGGAGCUCAACGUCCAAAAUUCAGUGAAUGCCUUGGGCGGUCUGCUUUAAGUUUCAUACAACGCUUCGAUGAGCGGGAGAAUGUGAGUUUUGUUGAUGAUUUUGUGGCUGUGAGAAGUGAAAUGGCAGCUGGCAGGUCGUUGGCAAAUGUGCUAGACACAGAUCCGGUCGAUUUCCGUGGCAUAUUGGAGAAUGCCGGUGCGGUGAUGGGUCAACGUAGCCUGGAAUGGCAUAUGGAUGGACUUUAUCCUCGUUUAAUGUUUAAAAUAGGACCCACUGCCGAUGCCAAUAGUGUGGCUAGAUUCGUGCUAGCAGAUGGAGGGGCCCAGGAUGAGCGACAAUUUGGUUUUGAGGAUCCCACGGCAGGUCGUCUACUGGCUAAACAAUAUAUGUUACCAUUUCUGUUGGGCUUAAAGUUCAAUUUGGUUGCCUUGGUGCCACUGCUAUUUGCUGCAAUAUGUUUGCUGCUCAAGAAAUCCCUUUUCCUGGUCAAAAUGGCUGUCUAUGUCAGUAGCUUUUUGGGUCUCGGUGGAAUCCUGGGAUCGGCAGGAUUUGGCGGCGGUGGCUUUGGUGGUGGCGGCAGCUUUGGCAGUUUCAGCGGUGGCAACUUUGGCGGGGCAUUCGGUGGACAUCGACCUUUUGGCCAUUUUCCGGGAAAAACUACAGUCUAUGGUCAUGGCGAUGAGCUGCAUCAUCAGUACGACGUUCAUGAGCCUACUCCACCAUAUAAACGCAGUGAGCGUAAAGUUCGAUUUGAUCAACCACGAGAGGCAUCGCAGCCUUCUCCCAUGGCUACCAAGCGUCCUUUUGAAGAUCGCUUCUAUGAUUAUGAAAAUCAACGCAGACAAACAAAUAAAUUACUCGCUGAAGUGGAGGACACUGCUGGCUCUGCAGAGAGUCUGAUGCGAAAUUUCCAGAGCCCCAGCAGCAGUUUACCCAGCGGAAUGAAUGGCUGGCAAGUUGUGGAUUGUUUGGGAUUCGAGAGUGAACGCCUGUUGGAUGACGCGGCGCGCGACAAUAGCACAUGGCAGGUUAAUGACUAUCUGAGUUUUGAGGCUCUGGCAAAUGGUAAUGACAGCGAGAGUCGAGCUCGCAGUGAAACAGGACUGGCUGGUAAAUUGCUGCAAUUGUUCCAGGGACGAGCUUUGCGUCUACAAAUGCCCAGGCAAUUGAGCAUUUCCAAUGCCAUUGAUGACUUUGGCAGUGAACUGGGUCUCGAUCAAGGUCGCAAGAAGAAGGACAAAGAUAAGCACAUGGCCAUGAUGGGCGGCAUGAUCAUGAUGGCCACACUCGCACAAAUGUUCCUUGGCAAGGUGAUACUGAUAGCUGGAUCCGCCUUCAUCAUGGCCAAAAUAGCCCUCGUCAUAUCGCUGCUGGGUAGUCUAAAAAAGGGCACGACUGGUCACAGUGGUAGCUCCGAUCACGUCAUCAUAGCGGGCGGACAUAGCCACGAGAGCGGCUGGCAUCGUAGCAUGCCCACACAUGGUCACAGUUCUGCCCAACAAAUCGAACAAAUCGAAGAGCCAUCCCAUGAUCUGGAUCACGAUCAGGCAUACUAUGCCUAUGAGGCCGAACCCUUGGAUCGUCGCCAAUUCGCACAACUACAGCGCCCGCAAACUACAACAGCAACAACUCAUGCUUUUCUCUAG